AUGAAUUUAUUGAAUGGCAAUUAUAACGAAUUAAAAUAAUAUCUAAUGACGUUACGACUGUUAUGGUAAGUGAUCAAAACAAAAAAAUAAUGCAUUAUUAGUAAUGUGAAAUAGUUUACCUCUUUCAACAGAUUCCUUUAAUAAUAUCGGAAUAUGAACCUUUUGUAAUACAGCUUAUUAAUUAUAAAUAUAAGUUAUAUUAAUGACUAAGCAAUACAAGUUGUUCAAAGCAUCAGGGAAAGUAAAUAAAAUAAACAAUUUCACUUUUUUUGUUAAGAUAUAUUGAAAAACAAGAAAUGUUAAUUAUGUAUAUUCAUUUACAUUAAAUAUUAAGCAUGUUAUUCAUACAGAUUCUAGAGUAUUAUUAAUUGCAAAAUCUUAAAUGUCUUUGUGAAGAGAUUGUAUUCUAAAAAAAUUGGCUAAUAAAAGCUAGUUGGAGAAAAUUAGUAAAAUUAAAUAGAUAGAAUGAAGUAAAAGAAUAAACGAAACUUUUUAAAAGCUUAAAAAAAGGAUUUUGAUUUCUUUACUAAUGUACAAUAUUAAGUAUAAAUUUAAUAAGUUUGA